AUGAAGAUGAUACAACUAGAAUAUCUAGAGUUGCUAGACAUACUUACUGAAGAACAAACUACGAAAGCCUAUGAAAUGAUAGAUGAGACCAUGAAAAACCUUAUCGAAAAAGAACAAUCCAAAAAUGAAGAAAACAAAGAUGAAAUAUACUCCGUGCAUCUAAAAGACACCAAACUCGAUGAAUUUGGUUAUGAAGCUGAUAACGAAGAUGAUAAUGCUGACCCUGGCAAAGUUGAUAUGGGAGGAACUAACGAAGAAGAAAGAGAAAUGGAUGAACUUACUGCUCGUAUAACCCAGGUAUCCAAAAUAAAAACCGAAACUCCAGAAGGAAAAGAUGUAGAAAGUAAAUCUAGAAUUAAAAGGAAAAAAGAAUUAAAGUCAGAGCAAGACAACACAGCUUGGAUUACAAACAAGAAGACAUUAGAGAAAUUCUUCUGGCACUUACCCUUGACUAAAUCUAAUUUCAAGAUAUUUGACCCUGACGGAUAA